AUGAUUAAUUAAUACAUUGAAAUCAUUAAACAACUCAGACUUAUCAAGAUUGAACAAUUAUUAUUAUAAAAGCUAAUCUACAAAUUGGCUAAUCAAAUGAGACAUUUUCCAGAGUUUAGAAUGCUCAAAAAAUUUAAUAAAAAAACAAUCAAAAUUAUUCAAUCUUGUACUUAACAAAUUAAAGAAAAUACUUUUAAAGGACCAGAAAUGCUAACAGAAAUCGAGAAAGUCUAAUCAUUUCUAUUAACGCUUUCAUAUAUCAUUACAGGAAAUAUAAAGAGAAAACUUCUCAUAUAAUUUCAACUCUUAACUUUUGGUGCCAUUAGCAGAAUAUAGGCAUGCUUUGAGCAAGUUAAAAAUAUUAUUAAUGAAAUGGAAUAAGGUAAAACAAGCACAAAUCCAUAAAUCAUUUCUUGA